AGCAGCGCUGGAGGAGAACACCGGCGGCGGUGUUGCAGCCCAGCACGGGCUGUCCCCAGCAUCGCCGUCCCCAGCAUCACCAUCCCCAGCAUCGCCGUCCCCAGCACCGCCAUCCCCAGCACCACCGUCCCCAGCAUCGCCGUCCCCAGCACCGCCGUCCCCAGCAUCGCCGUCCCCAGCAUCGCUGUCCCCAGCAUCGCUGUCCCCAGCAUCACCGUCCCCAGCGAAGCAUCGCCGUCCCCAGCAUCGCCGUCCCCAGCAUCGCCGUCCCCAGCACCGCCAUCCCCAGCAUCACCGUCCCCAGCAUCACCGUCCCCAGCAUCACCGUCCCCAGCACCGCCAUCCCCAGCAUCGCCGUCCCCAGCAUCGCUGUCCCCAGCAUCGCUGUCCCCAGCAUCACCGUCCCCAGCGAAG